AUGGAUGGGAAAGGUGUUCUUUGCUCCUCGAUUAAACGAUUUUCUCAAGAUUGUUAUUCACCUUUUCUUUGCUUGAUUCGAGACAUGCCGCGUUGUGAACAAGACGUGUGCUCCAAUACCAAUAACUUUGCUGAAGUCAAAGCUUAUCAUCAUCGCAAUAAAAAGCCUCUUAACACCAUUAAAAUGCUUCAUCGUCUGGAAUGCUUUCAUGCACCUCAAUUGUGGGAAAAUGAAUUUUUAUAUCAUAAUAAUAAAGAACCUUUGAACCUUCAGCAGAGUUUUCUUUUUAUUCUCGUCUUCGUCUUUCCUUCAGGGAUGAGAAUUUCACAAACGACAAUGGGGCAAGCUGAUGGUUUGAAUGAUAAUGACUGUAAAUGGUGCUGUUAUAAACCGCAGGAUUGUCACAUUUGUGUCGAGAUAAAUGGAUGUUAA